AUGAUCUGGCUACUGCUUUUAGCUAUGACCGUUGGAAUGUGUAGCGCCCAGGUUCCUGUGUGCGAUAGCGCCGCAACCUCUUAUCAUGCAAAUUCGCUGAAUUGCAGUCAAUAUUAUACCUGCUAUCAGGGAACCGCCACUCUACAAUCGUGUCCGGACCAAAAAUACUUCGACUCAGCCAGAACUCUAUGCGAUUUCCCUGAAUAUGUAGCUUGUACUAUGGGACCUUGCAUGGGAACCACUGGAUUGGUGGCAGUUGCUAUCCCAAACAUCUGCACCAGUUACACGCUAUGUGUUCAGGGUAUAGAGUAUAACAGAACCUGCGCUGACGGUACGCUUUUCGAUGCCACUUAUGGAGACUGUGUGGUAGCCAAAGACAGUACUUGUGAAGAAAAUCCGUGUCUCACAGUUGAUCCAGCAACAGCUACACCAUCCACGUUUUAUCCUGUUUUGAAUUCUUGCAACAAGUACAUUAUUUGCGAUAAAACUAAUCCGGUCGUACGUACUUGUGUCGGCACUACAGUAUUUAGCCGAACCGUGUCCAAGUGCGUUACCCCAACCAAUUACACUUGUCCUCCAGGCACAGCCUAA